UGUUCCGGUCCAUCACAUCGCGCAACGACGACACUCUAUAAUUACGACGAUACGAACGCCGACAAUUACCUUACCGAAUAACCGGCACUUUGUCGCGCAAAUUGGUGGUUGCUUUAUUCAAUUAGAUUUGCGGCGUAAACAGAGAUGGCGGCGGUGCGAGGACGGUGGUGAGCGGCGGCGGCGGCAGGAUGAAUUGCGCCUAUUCGACGUAUCAGGUGCAGGCGAAUUCGCCGCAGGUGGCUGCGGGGGCCGAUUUCCUUGAGGAGCACCCCAGCCUGCGCGGCACCCCUUUGGCGAUGCUCGCGGCGCAAUGUAACAAACUCUCCAGCAAGUCGCCACCGCCCCUCGCCGACGCCGCCGUGGGAAAGGGCUUCCAUCCCUGGAAAAAGAGUCCCCAAGGUGCUCCGUCGCCCGGCAGCACCGGCGUCUCGUCCUCAAGUUCCUUACCUUCGCAGAGAACAUCCUCAUCCAACCCCACCUACUCCAGCAGAUCCGUGAUGACCUCUUGCUCAAGCGUCCCAACCACAGCCUCGUACGGCAGCGACCUGUACUUUCCGGGGGCCACCUCACAGCCGGCUGUUGCAGACAACUCCCACGUGCACCACCACCAGACCUCGCUGCUGGGCAAGGUGGAGGGCGCCGCCACGGCGCACCACCUCGGCUCGGUCUACUCGAGGCACCCGUACGAAUCGUGGCCCUUUAACACGAUGUCCAGUGCCACACACCACGGAGGCAUUAAAAGCGACUCCGUGGCGUCGGCGAACGCCUGGUGGGACGUACACUCGACCGCCGGCAGUUGGCUCGACAUGAGUGGGGCGGCGGGAAUGCACGCCCAGAUGGCGGCGAACUACUCCACGGACUACUCGAGUUUGACGCAUUCGUUGGCGGCUUCCAACCAUUUGUUGUCGUCGGGGCAGCACCUGCUGCAGGAUACGUACAAGAGCAUGCUGCCGGGGGCGCAGACCGUGGGGGCGUCGUUUGGACUGCAUGCGACAGGAUCCGCGCCGUCGCCCACAUCGGGGGCAGGAGGACUCCCACCGCAAGUACCGUCCCCAAGGUCACAGCGUCGAUACACCGGACGCGCCACCUGCGACUGCCCGAAUUGCCAAGAAGCCGAAAGACUGGGACCUGCAGGCGUCCACCUCCGCAAGAAGAACAUCCACAGCUGCCACAUCCCCGGUUGCGGGAAAGUGUACGGGAAAACGUCGCACUUGAAGGCGCACCUCAGGUGGCACACCGGCGAACGGCCCUUUGUGUGCAAUUGGCUUUUUUGCGGGAAGCGCUUCACGAGGUCGGACGAGCUCCAGCGCCACCUCCGGACCCACACCGGCGAGAAGAGGUUCGCGUGUCCCGUGUGCAAUAAGAGGUUCAUGCGGUCGGACCACCUCGCCAAGCACGUCAAGACCCACAACGGCAACGGCAAGAAGGGCAGCUCCGACUCGUGCAGCGACUCGGAGGAGAACAGCCAGAGCGACAUCACCAACAACGUCAACUCGCCCGCAUCCAUGAACCAGACGCCGCCGCCGUCGGCGCAGAUGCCGGGCUUGGACAUGGUGACGGGGCUUGACGUCAAGCCCCCCGGCCUGGUUUGAGGCCGGUGGGGCCCUGCGCUGCUGUACCCAGGCUAUCAUCGCUAGCGUGAGGCCCCGAUGUGAUACGGACUUGUUUCAAUGUUUGUACAUAUGUGAAUGGACGGAGCUUUAGUUAUCUUUUUGCUAAUUAUGAGAAUUUAUUGUAUAUAAUAUAAAUAUUUAAAUAUUUUACAUGUGUAAGUGUCGGCAGAAGUAAGGUGAAUGAGAAACGUGUUUCAGUGUGUCCACAUAUCAACGUUUUUUUUUCGACGGCUUUGUGUUUUGUACACUUAGGAAUUUUCGAGGGUUCUAUUCGUUAUGGAUACUGUUAAGGUUUUUAUCAUGUUUCUCUUUCCGCCAAAGAAGCUGUAAUCCUGUAAAUUUUAUUGUAACUAUAUCUGUAAAUUAUUCUAUAAGAGCUUUUGUGAACACGUUGA